AUGUCAAAAUGAAUCUGUCAAAAUUCAUAAUCAAAAUAGAAGUCACAUUCAGUUCAAAAGGAGUGCAAUUUGUUUAUCGUCAAAACCAAAACAAUGGACAUUAAAAUUGCCUCGACGGAGGCAACCUCGACGGAGGCUAUACACUUUGAGAAUAAACGUAAAAUGAUAUUCGAUUGCUUGAACGAAGCCUCGGAGAAACUGGUCGGAACGACACUGGAACAAAAAUCAAGCCCCGAAACACGACGAAGGACCACACACGACCAGCAAGAUCGUCGAAUAAAGAAGUUUAAUGGAAAAGAAAGUAUAUUCAAGCGGCCUGUAGCACCGAUUGCCAAAUGCCUGAAACCCAGGCAAGCUCCCGAUUAUCAGGUGAAUCCUCACAAAUGGAAAAGGUAUUCGUUAAGUGAUGCUGAUAUAUCAGACAAGUCAAAUACAUCAGCAGCCUUUGCAUUUCUAAAGGAAAUCGAAGAUCGGAAGUCUUCAACAAGUGACUUGGAUGAUGAGGACGAUGAUAAACAAGGAGACAAAAUAGUAUUCAAUGUUAGGAAGCGAGUACACAGCGGUGCACAGUUCAAUAAAUCCGCACAUUUGAGAGCCAUCGCUCAAGACGAGUCCGUUGAUCCAGCCAUCGACUUGCCGAAGAUGAAAGGAUCUAAAGUCGUAAUGCCAGAAUAUGUGAUUGGUCAGAAGAGAGACAGGAAAAAAGCGACGGGCAAAAGUACAGAUGGAGCAGAGAAGAGAUCUUCGGAAAAAUUGAAGUUGAAUCAUUUAUUCGAGGACGAGGACGAGGAGUGAGUGCAGUGCGGACGCGAGAGCAUCAGAUUUGAGGUGAAAGGUUUUCGUUUAAUGUUACUUUAUUAUGUAUAACGAAUAAAAAGCUGAAGCUCUACUACACAA